AUGGCGUCGCCGUAUGUAUCGCAGUCUCUCUUGCUGCCCGCCAAACUCAAUGGCGCCUCGCGAGUGCUGCUUUCCCCCAAGCCCUUGGCUCAAGUUCCGCGCGGCCGCGCGCGCGGAAGCGGCGUGGUGCGCGCAUCCGUGAGCGUGCUGGACGAGGCGGAACGCGAGCUGCAGCGCAAGUCGAUGGCGGAGCUGCGCGCCCUGGCCAAGGCGCGGGGGCUGCGCGGAGAUACCAAGGCGGAGCUCGUGGAGCAGCUGCUGCUAUCAGGCGCGGCCUCACUCGCUUACUCCGCUCCCCCGCAACCACCCGCCCCCCCGGCCGUGGUGCCGGGCGGCGCGGACGGAAUGACGCAGCUGCUGGAGAAGAUGCCGCUUCCGCAGCUGCGCGAGCUCGCGCGCGAGCGGGGCUCGCGGUCGUCCACGCGCGCGGACAUCCUGAGAGACCUGCGCCUGUACGCAUGGGGCGAUAGGGGGGAAGGGGAAGGGGGGUUGGGAGCAGCAGAGGGCGUGGAAGGUGAAUGCGAUCCCCUGCCCAAGCCUCCCCCGCCACCCGCGCCUGUCAUCCCCCCGCCCUCCCCCUCGCCCGCGCCCCCAGCCUCCCCGCCCGCUGCCGCACAAGGCGUGUCUGCACCUGCGCGGGCUCCACCAGCAGCCGCGGCGGGCGCAGGCGGAGGGGCAGGAGCGCGGGAAAAGGAGCUGCUGGGGCUGGGCCUGGCGGAGCUGCGGCAGAUGGCGCGCGCGCAGGGCGUGCGCGGGGACACCAAGGCGCAAAUCGUCGCCGCGCUGCUGUCAGUGCCGGGGGCUCACAUGCGCGCCCCUCGUCCCCCACACGCCCCGCCUGCCCUCCGCAGAGCCCAGCAGGCCGCCACGCCAGUCAAGGCCAAACCGCCCUCCCCACAACCCGCUGCCCCUGCCGUCUCCGCCUCUCCUGCUCCCGCGGCCGCCAAACCUGCUCCCAAGCCUGCUGCUCCCAAACCUGCUGCUCCCAAACCUGCUGCUGUCAAGGCUGCAGCAGGCGGGGAGAAGGCGGCGGGCGAGAAGGGGGAGGUGGAGCGGGCGUUGGAGGCGAUGGAUAUGGGCGAGCUGCGGUACCUGGCGAGGGAGAGAGGGCUCAAGGGCGACACCAAGGACGAACUCGUCAAGGCCCUCGCCGAGGGUCCCCCCCCCACGUUGGGGUUCAUCGGGCUGCCUCCGCCCUCCGCCCCCCGCCGCCGCCGCAUGCCCAAGUUCCGCGCGCCCCCUAAAGACACCCCCACGCCCGCCGCUGCUGGUGCAGCGGGCGCUGAGCAGGCGGAGGGGGAGCAGGAGAAGGCGCAGGUGGAGGUGGCGGCGGUAGUGGAGGAGGCGAGGGAGGCAGAGGUGGCAGCAGGGGAGGCGUUGCUGCCGCCCUUCCAGUCCACUGCUGCACCUGACUCCCCUUCGCCCGCCCCGGUGCUGCCCGUGACUCAGCCGGGGGAGAUGGCAGGGGAGGUGGCGCGGCUGAGGGAGGCGGUGGCGGGGAUGAGGGGGGAGGUGGAGGAGGAGGCGAGGCGGGUGAAGGGGGAGAGUGAGGAGGAGCGCAACAGCAAGUACCUGCGCAGUGCCGUCAUCGGGGGCGUGGGGCUCGCGCUGCUGCCGCUGCUGCUGCCCGCCCUCAUCUCUGCCGUCCGCCAACCAGCCCCUCCCCCUCAGGUACGCCUCCCCCUCAGGUACGCCUCCCCCUCAGGUACGCCUCCCCCUCAGGUGCGCCCUCCCCCUCAGGUACGCCUCCCCCUCAGGUGCGCCCUCCCCCUCAGGUACGCCUCCCCCUCAGGUGCGCCCUCCCCUCAGGCACGGGUGGAGCUGGCGUCAGAGACAGCAGUGCUGCUGCAGUCGCUGCUGGCAGCCGAGUCGUCCUCGCUGGCGGAGCUCAAGGCCCUCGUGCCCCUCAUCGCCCCCGACCUUGACGACGCCACCCGCGCCGACCGCGCCGCCAUGUUCUGCCAGGCCGUGCCGCCCGCCUCCCGCUCCCCCCAGGCUGACCGCUUCUGCAAUGCUGUCAGCACCGUUAGGGGAGGGCAGUGA